AAUAAUAAUAAUAAUAAAAUUAUUUUCAAAAAAUAAUUAAUAUUUUUUUUCAUUUUCAUCUUUAUCAUAAAAUUCAACAUCAUACAACAACAAUUCCAAUUCUCUGGCACAGCUUCUGAAAUCUGAGACAUUGCAGAUAUACAGCAGGAUCAUGACUGAAACUAACAGUUCUAACUCCGAAAAGAAACUCGUCCGAAUCGACAUUAGUUCUGAUACUGUAUGUCCGUUUUGCUUUGUUGGCAAAAAGAAUCUUGACAAAGCCAUAGCUUCCUCUAAGGAUAAAUACAACUUUGAGAUUAAAUGGCAUCCGUAUCAACUCAACCCCGAUGCCCCUAAAGAAGGCGUUGAUAAGAGGGAGUUUUAUAGAAGCAAGUUUGGAUCGCGAUCGGUUCAGAUGGAAGCUCGAAUGUUGGAGGUCUUCAAAGGAGUCGGUCUUGUUUAUAGUUUGGAUGGACUCACGGGAAACACUAUCGACAGCCAUAGGCUUAUAUAUUUUUCUGGAGAGCAGGGUCUUGAUAAGCAACAUGAUCUAGUUGAAGAACUGUGCCUUGGUUAUUUCACUCAGGGAAAAUACAUUGGUGACCGGAAUUUUCUUCUUGAAGCUGCUGCCAAGGUUGGUAUAGAAGGAGCAGAAGAGUUUCUUAAGGACCCUAACAAUGGGCUGAAGGAGGUGGAGGAUGAGAUUAAAACAUACUCAAGAAACAUUUCAGGGGUUCCACAUUAUGUGAUUAAUGGAACUCAGAAGAUAAGCGGCGCACAGCCCCCGGAGGCAUUCUUGAGAGCUUUCCAACUUGCUACAAGUUGACUUUCAGCUCCUCAAAGAUUCCGGAGGCAUUCUUGAGAGCUUUCCAACUUGCUACAAGUUGACUUUCAGCUCCUCAAAGAUUUUCAUUCAUGUCUUCUGUUGAAAUGAUACUUUGGAAAUAAGAACUAGUGACAUGUUGUAUUGUAUCAUUAUAUUAAGAUGUAACACAGUUUUAAAGUCUUACACAGUUGCUUAUACCCAAUAACAAAUUGAAUGACGCUGCUAUUUAAUUUACAAUGUAGAAAAAUUUGAACAAA